AUGGCAGCCUCAGAAACGCAAAAGCCCGUCUCGGUCCUUUUUGUNCGCUCACCAAUGGCUGAAGGAGUCUUCCGCAACAUCACAAACCACACACGGCCCAACGCACACCCAAUGAUCUCGUCCAUCGACUCUUGCGGCACAGGCGCAUACCACGCCGGCGAACCCCCAGACCCACGAACCAUCUCCGUCCUCAACGCCCAUAAGAUAACCUCGUCCUUCUACACACACCAAGCGCGCAAAUUCCGCAACUCGGACUUCAAAGAGUUUGACUACAUCUUCGCAAUGGACAGGGAUAAUGAGGACAAUCUUCUGAAUGCGAGGAAGAGAAUGAUCAAGAAGGGAGAGUUGACCGAGGACGAGGCGGGCAAGGUCAUGCUGUUUGGUGUUUGGGGUGGUAAGGGCAAGGAAGAGGUCGACGAUCCCUAUUAUGGUGGUGCACGAGGAUUCGACAUAGCCUAUGAGCAGGUCGAGAGGUUCUCGAAUGGCUUUGUCAAGAUGUUGGAGGAGCGUGGCUCGGGGAAGAACUAA